AUGAAGGAUGCUUUGGUUUCGUUCGGUGUCCUGGCUGGCGCAGUGAUGGUGUGCCAGGUGCUGCGCCGCACGGCCAGGGAGCUGCUGUGGCACCGGCGGUGGGCAGGGGGGAGGCAGAGCCAAUCGAACCCAGUCCCUGUACCUCUCGAGGUGUUAGUGGAGCUUUUCUCCACCCUGCAGCUGUGCAUCUGCACUCAUGAGCUGCGGCUCCUGGGGGGCUCAGGGUUGCUGGGGCAGAUUUCGGGGCUCGGCAUCACCUACCUCAUAACCCUCGUCCACCUCACCACCUUCGGCAGCGCCAGCUGCAACCCAGUGAGCUGCCUGGAGCAGUUUCUUUGCGGGCAGAGCCCCGGGCAGCUGGCGGCUGCCAAGGUGCUGGUGCAGUUUGGAGCCGCCGUGGUAGCCCGCCGGCUAUCACAGAUGGUGUGGGCCCUAGACACGUCGGACCUGCAUUGGCACCAUCACCUGCGCCAGUAUGAAUGCAUCUCGGCACUGAACACUACUGUCAGCAGCGGGCUGGUCACGGAGUUCUUCUGUGCGUUCGCUCUGAGAACCGCCCUCUUCAGAUUUCAGUUCCUGAAGCAGAGGCACAAGAUGCAUGUGGUGGCGGCGCUGGUCACCUUCCUCGUAUUCGCAGCUGGAGACCUGACGGGGGCUGUGUUUAACCCAGUGCUGGCCUAUUCAAUCACUUUCAACUGUGAAGGAAACACAUAUCUUGAAUACUGUUUCGUUUACUGGCUUGGACCCUUAAUGGGUGCAAUGACAGCUGUCUUGUUGUUUGACAAAAAAUCUGUACCUAAUACCGAUGCAAGCACAGAAACACAGGAAGCUAAGGAGAAAAGAGCCUGA